AUGUUGGAGGUUGUGGAUCUGCAGCAAGAAGCCGAUGACCAGGCAGAGCCAAUUGAACUUCCCCCUCCGCCUCCUCCUGAACCUCCGCCCGUGCCUCCGCCUCCGCCCCCGCCGCCUGGGCAAUCUCCGGCAAGGGCGCCUGCCAAGCCUUCAGGCCGCAACAGCACGAGAGGCAGCCCUUUCACGGUGAUCACGACGGAUUGUGUGGGAAAGCAUGCGAAGGACUUGUUUUCACAUGUUGCUGCAAGCCUGGGCUGGCGGGAAGUGGACAUCGCAUCAGCAACGGCGGAUGAAAGCAGGAAGCGGCCUGUGAUCUUCUGCGUCAUGCAAACCUCAGACUUACUGAAGCGCUGGUCCCAACUUGGCCCACGGAGCUGGGUGUCGCGAUACUUCGGAGCUCCGGAGUUGUGCGAUAAGGGGAACUUGGCGCGAAUGAUGAGAUCUUGUCAGCGCCUUUGUCCUGAGGGACAUUUCCAAUUCAAUCCACGCACCUGGGUUUUGCCAGAGCAGCUGGAAGAGCUUCGCGGUGUUUUGGAGAAGUCAAAGAGUACCUACAUUGUGAAACCGGAGGAUGGCUCGCAGGGUGACGGCAUUUUCUUGGUGCAAGGUUUGCAUCAGCUGGACAUUAAGCUUUCUGCACAAAGUGGAGCGGCGGUGGUGCAGAAGUACAUCAGCAAACCUUUACUUCUCCAUGGGCUCAAGUUUGACCUUCGCAUGUACGUUUGCCUGGCGGGAGGCUCGUCCACUGCGCCUCCUGCAGCUUGGCUUUGCCGCGAGGGCCUUGCGCGCUUCUGCACGGAGGCUUACGAGCAGCCGUCAAAGAGGAAUAUGCAUCGGUGCAUGGGAGACGGGGCUGAACACUCAGGGAGUUUGGACAUCUGA